AUGGCUCUCCAUAAAACAACGCCUCAACUCCUCACCCUCCUUUGCUCCUCCUCUCUCCAGCUCUCAGUCCAGCUCUCUUCCUCUCUCACAUCCUCUCUCCAGCUCUCUUCCUCUCUCUCUUCCUCUCUCUCCUCCUCUCUCCAGCUCUCAGUCCAGCUCUCUUCCUCUCUCUCCUCCUCUCUCCAGCUCUCAGUCCAGCUCUCUUCCUCUCUCUCCUCCUCUCCCCAGCUCUCUUCCUCUCUCUCCUCCUCUCCCCAGCUCUCUUCCUCUCUCUCCUCCUCUCCCCAGCUCUCUUCCUCUCUCUCCUCCUCUCCCCCAGCUCUCUUCCUCUCUCUCCUCCUCUCUCCAGCUCUCUUCCUCUCUCACCUCCUCUCUCCAGCUCUCAGUCCAGCUCUCUUCCUCUCUCUCCUGCUCUCUCCAGCUCUCAGUCCAGCUCUCUUCCUCUCUCUCCUCCUCUCUCCAGCUCUCUUCCUCUCUCUCCUCUCUCUCCAGCUCUCAGUCCAGCUCUCUUCCUCUCUCCUCCUCCUCUCUCCAGCUCUCUUCCUCUCUCUCCUCCUCUCUCCAGCUCUCAGUCCAGCUCUCUUCCUCUCUCUCCUCCUCUCUCCAGCUCUCAGUCCAGCUCUCUUCCUCUCUCUCUCCUCUCUCCAGCUCUCAGUCCAGCUCUCUUCCUCUCUCUCCUCCUCUCUCCAGCUCUCAGUCAGCUCUCUUCCUCUCUCUCAGUCCAGCUCUCUCUCUCCCUCCGUCCAGCUCUCUCUCUCUCUCUCUCCUCCUCUCUCCAGCUCUCAGUCCAGCUCUCUCCUCUCUCUCCUCCUCUCUCCAGCUCUCUUCCUCUCUCUCCUGCUCUCUCCAGCUCUCAGUCCAGCUCUCUUCCUCUCUCUCCUCCUCCUCUCCAGCUCUCUUCCUCUCUCUCCUCCUCUCUCCAGCUCUCAGUCCAGCUCUCUUCCUCUCUCUCCUCCUCUCUCCAGCUCUCAGUCCAGCUCUCUUCCUCUCUCUCCUCCUCUCUCCAGCUCUCAGUCCAGCUCUCUUCCUCUCUCUCCUCCUCUCUCCAGCUCUCAGUCCAGCUCUCUUCCUCUCUCUCCUCCUCUCUCCAGCUCUCAGUCCAGCUCUCUUCCUCUCUCUCCUCCUCUCUCCAGCUCUCAGUCCAGCUCUCUUCCUCUCUCUCCUCCUCUCUCCAGCUCUCAGUCCAGCUCUCUUCCACUCUCUCCUCUUCUCUCCAGCUCUCAGUCCAGCUCUCUUCCUCUCUCUCCUACUCUCUCCAGCUCUCAGUCCAGCUCUCUUCCUCUCUCUCCUCCUCUCUCCAGCUCUCAGUCCAGCUCUCUUCCUCUCUCUCCUCCUCUCUCCAGCUCUCAGUCCAGCUCUCUUCCUCUCUCUCCUCCUCUCUCCAGCUCUCAGUCCAGCUCUCUUCCACUCUCUCCUCUUCUCUCCAGCUCUCAGUCCAGCUCUCUUCCCUCUCUCUCUCUCUCCUCUCUCUCCUCUCCAGCUCUCAGUCCAGCUCUCUUCCUCUCUCUCCUCCUCUCUCCAGCUCUCAGUCCAGCUCUCUUCCUCUCUCUCCUCCUCUCUCCAGCUCUCACGGAGAGGAAGCGCGGGGUCAGUCAUGAAGAAGAGAAAGAAAUGUCAGCGCCUUCAACAACGCCUUUGUACUAA